AUGCGCGAGAGAUUUUAUAACCGCGUUCAAGCUGGUAUUAUUCUGUCGAAUGAUGUCGAGAAGAAAUAUGAUAAUGCUAAUAAGAAUGUUAUUAUUUUAGCAUUACCAAGAGGAGGGGUUCCGGUUGCUUACCAGAUUGCACAAAAAAUAAAAGCUCCGUUGGAUGUAUUUUUAGUCAGAAAAAUUGGUGUCGAAGGUCAUGAAGAAUUGGCCGUAGGUGCCAUUACUGAAACUUCCAAAAUUUUUAACGAUGACAUAAUCAAAAUGCUUCACAUUGGUCAAGAUUCAAUCGACCGUGUCAUUAAGCGUGAGACCGAAGAAUUACAAAGGCGAAACCAACUUUAUAGGAAGGGAAAACCUGCAACAGAUAUUACUGGAAAAACUGCUGCAAUUGUUGUUGCGGUUCCAGUCGCUGCUCCUGAUACACUUUCAAAAAUGUCAAAAGAAGUGGAUAAUAUAAUUUGUACGAUGGUACCUCGAAACUUAGGUGGAAUCGGUCAAUUUUACGUAGAUUUCUCACAGACCGAAGAUGCGGAAGUCUUGGAAUUAUUAAAAAAAGCCGAAGAGAAGUAUAGUGUUCCAACUAUUUCUGCUGAAGAUACUGCCAAAUAUAAAAAUGAAACUAUUUUGGAAUAA